AUGCCGGAAGGCACUGGACCUCAUCGCACUGGGCCGCCAGCAAACAAGGCUUUGGGGCCUCAAGAGGAGGCCAGUGGGAGCAUGGCGGCGUCCGAAAUCAACACGAACAGUGCAGCGGCAGAAUCAUCAAGAAUGACGAAUCCUGUGAAGGCCCGGAGACGGACCAAGACUGGCUGUCUCACAUGCCGCAAGCGGCGUAUCAAGUGCGGCGAGGAGCGCCCAACCUGUAAAAAUUGUGUCAAGUCGAAGCGCGAGUGCGAAGGCUAUAUUCAUCGAGUCAUUUUCAAGGACCCUCUUGGUGCGUUCCGGCCAACGCAGCAAGGAAUUGCUGCUCGCGCUCAACAUCCUUCCCACCCUCGUGGAGCUGCAAGUAUCUAUGGGGGUAUAUCUUCAGCAUCCGUGGACACUCCAAUUGCGCCGCGUCUCCUUCCAUAUGGAGAGCAAACUGGGUUAGGACAUGUGCCUGUGGCAGGUGGACCGAUAGCAGCAGGAAACUUCCAUGGCCCCACUGGCUAUACACACAGCGUUCCCUCAUAUUCGGUAGGCGACAGCGCCUCCAAGCCGCUUUAUGCAUCACAAACGGGUUAUUCACACAGCGGUUUCCCAAGCAGUGCAAUGGCGGAAAAUGUUGCUCAAAGCCGCGGUGAUUCAUUCCCAUAUCAAACCUUUCAGCAACAAAGUUUUGGCGGUGGUGAUGGCGGCAUUGAAAUGGGUCUUACACAAAUUCCUCAUGGCCGGUCACGUGGCUCAGAUUCGAUGCGGUCAACCGAGUUUCCAGUUCCUCAUGACGAAUUUCCUGUCUUGAACCCUCAAGAAUUUCAUCCCAACCACAUGCAUCAAAGUAUUCACUGGCCAGUAAAGGAAGAAAGUGCAUUUAAACAAACCCAAAACCACGCCUCCUUUUCAUCUUUCCCGAUUCAAGGCCGUUCGAAUUGGAAUGGGGUUGCGGUUCAAGAUGUUUCCCCACACCAAGCCCAUUCGCAAAAUCAACAUUACGGAGUUCCAGCCCAGACACCGUGGGUAGUGGAGCCAGACGAGGAUGACUAUUUCGACGUAGAGUCAGACGAAGAGGGUCUCAUAUCGGAACCUUAUGUCACAGGGACAACCUCCUACGAUCUUGGGGCAAUGGUAGCCAUAACAGCAGAUCAAGGCCAGGGUCGCAUUAGAUCAAUGACCAAUUUCUUGAACGAGCCCAAUAUACUCGCGACAUAUUUUCCAUCUUAUGCGGCCUCACCAUUGAGGGAUCCUCAGACCGCUCGAGUCUUCUGUCAUUUUAUAACGGCCACUGCACCGACGCUAUCCGUCUGCGAACGGCAUCCGUCGAACCCUGCCCUGAUAUUCUCAGGCAAACCUGUCCCUUGGUCGCAAAGAGCGCUCUGGUCUUAUACUUUGCCAAUGCGAGCACUAACACAUCAAGGGCUUCUCCAUGCUAUGUUGGCUUUGGCGAGUUUGCACAUUGCAAAGCUGCAACAGACGUCAUCGACGCCGUCGUUGAAACAUUACCAUUACGCGCUGAGAAGAGUAGCAAAGGCCUUGGGCAACCAGAAGAAACGACAGGACGUUGCUACACUUGCUGCGACGCAGCUGCUUGGCUUUUAUGAAGUGACAACGGCUGAGCACAACAAAUGGAACAGUCACCUUGCUGGUGCUCGAGAACUCAUCAUGGACAUUGAUUAUGCAAGAAUGGUAAAGCGGAUAGAAGCCCACAGACGGCAGCAAGAAGAAGCCGAAGCAAGACUUAGGCUUGAGAUGCAAUUUGGCCAUCCCAAUGCAUACUGGCACGAAUAUGCACGAGGAGUAUUGGACGAUUUUCCUGCGAGGGUUGACCGACAACUGGAUGAAGGGCUCAUCAGUACAAUCAUGGGCUGGAGCACGAGGUAUGAUCAACAUGGUCGAAUUAUCGACGAAGGCGAUCCUGCUCCCCAGACCGAAUCACCUUUAACGGCCCGUGACAUUGAAAACUUCGAGAUUCAGUGUGAGCUGUUCUGGUGGUACGUCAAGCACGACAUAUAUCAAAGCAUACUUAGUGGCAAUCGUCUCCUACUAUCAUAUGAUCAAUGGGGCCGUUGCCCUCCCAGAGCGCCAAUCGGAAGGCUAGAUGCGGUUUGUGGUAGUCUUGAUCACCUCCUUCUGUUGAUGGGUAGGCUGGCGGAGUUUGCUGCCAAAGACCUGCCUCGAAAGAGGAGAGCGUACAUGGAGGCAGCAAAGAAGUCAAAGUCGUCAACCCUACAAGGCCCACCACCCACACCAAACGGACAGCAACCUCCCCAAAUGUAUGGCAUGAUGCCUGAUCCUGGCCCUGUACGCCUACCCCGAGGUUUCGACCAAGCUCAACACGAUCGACUUUACACAGCCCCAGUCCCUAGCCAGGACCAACCUCUUGAAGCGGCCACAGGGGAAGCCGAAGCCGAAUGGUCAGCCAUUUCACACGCGUUUGACGUCUAUGCAAGCUCUCUGGGGCCUGACUACGCACCUCUCUCUCCAGAGCACAUGACCCCAACCGCUACACCCUUUGGGCCCGCCCUCUACUAUCGUUCCUACUCAAUUUCCUGCGUCUUCAUCAUGUACUAUAUGGGACGCAUCAUCUGCUCCAGAGCCCACCCGUCUAUGCCACCAGCCGCCAUGGCCGCCGCUGGCGUCGCUGCACCCCAAACAGCGGUGCACGCUAACAACAUAGGCCGCAUCUUCGCCGGCAUACAACCAAUCGACAGCACUCUAUCCAUAAACCCCCACCACGGCGCUGCGAUGAUGGACGGCUGCAUGGGCCUUUUCCACGCCGGCGUCCAGUACCGCGAUCCCGCGCAACGCGGCUGGACUAUUACCAAAUUGCGUGACGUCGCCCGCUUAACUGGCUGGCAAACGAGCGUGCUCAUCGCCUCGGGCUGUGAGCGAGCUUGGAUCAAAGCGGCGGAUAUGGGCAAAGGGCCGCCAUAUACGAUGAUGUUGAAUCCGAUAUCCAAAGACGACAGACUCUCGGGCAGGGGCCACGAUCCGAGCCAAUUCGUCCAUCCGCCGAAAGAUAAUAACGAUAGGAGAUUCAUUACUGUAAACGCCGGGACAAGGGUGUACUGGGCUAUGGGUGUUUUAAGUGUUGACGAGGAUUUCAAGGGUAUGAAUCUGAAUGGGUAG